AUGCCUGAUAUUGACCAAACAUCAUCACCUGCAUCACAUUCAUCUGUCGAGGCGCAGAGAGAGAGGAUACCGAAAGCCGAGGAAACUGUCGAAUUGAAAGCUCCAAGUAACCAGCUCAACGAACAUCAAUGCGAGCUGACCAAACUGAAGCAACAUGUCGACGUUUCAAGUGGCCAUUCAAGUCAGCCGCGGAGUUGCCAGCCGCUCCAGCAAGACCGUAAGGUCAGCCAUGAUUUGACGGCCGAGGCUCUGGUGAAAGAACUGGAACACGGUGCCUACAUGGAAGCGGGACAAGACGGGCGGCAUUUUCGACGUCCUACUUCUGUUUCUUAUCUUGCACGCGAUGAUGACCACCGUCCUCUCGGCAAGCUGGUUGGAGUAGAGGAUGCGGCCUCUGGUACUGGACAGGAAGGAGAACCGUUGGACGACGCUCCAGAAAACUCAUCGCAGCUCAAUUACGUUCCGUGGAACACGUUUUACUCGCUCCGCGGUGGUGUAAGCCAGUUCGCCAUUGAUGUCUUGGUUGGAGAGCCCGAGCCCAAUGUCACGAUGGUAAUCCCUGGCGUGGUGCUGCCGAGUGUUCCGGGACGCCUUAUGCGAGCAGCAGUGCCGGUCUUUCCCACUAUCGACGGCGACUGUGUGCCUGAAAUGACCGACAAUCCGAUAUUUCCCGCUGUGACAUUAUCCCCUCGAGCCACACACGCUGCAAAGACACCUGGAAGACCUGCCGCUCCGCGUCAAGCGCCGCUACCUGAUCGUAUCCGCAUCAAUUCUCCUGCCGUUAUGAUGACUAUGGAUAUUAUUAUGGAUCGGGUUGAGCAAGGUGACGGCGAGGUCUGCCUCACAAAUUACCUCAAGCCUAUACUGAUGAUGCAGCCGUUUCGCGCUUUGGUCUAUCACAAGGAUAAGAUCCGUGAACAGAAGGCGAAGCUCGAGGCUGCGGUCAACGAGAAACUUCGUGCGAGUAUCACAGGGUCAAAAGAAGAACUGAGCUCUGUUAAGGGCAAGUCUGACACUAUAAAUCAAAAUGGAGACGCGUCCAAGCCAGAUGCUGGCAAGCCAAUGAGUACCGAGGGCAUGGAGUCAGAGGAGGAGCCAGGCAAGAAACAGCAUGGGAUCCAUGCCGAGCUAAUAACCCAAACGGCCGUCGACGAUAUGGCCUGCCUUGUCGCGUUCCUCGACAACGAAAUAGAGGUGCGGAUGGCCUACCUCGCAAGCAAUGACUGCCAGAGGAUUACCUUUAGCGACAUCUGGUUCCUCUUCAAGCCGGGCGAGGUUGUGUGUGGCAAGGACGGGAAGCAGGCGUAUCGGGUAAUUACAAAUAAGUACCCCGCGCACUGCAUGAAAAUGCCAUCACCUCGGGACUGCUUCAGGUACGGCGCCAAGGCCAGGCGGGAAGACUCCCCCAUCAACAUCGAGUGCGUAUACAUUGAUUAUGACGGCAAGCAAAUCGGGCCCGUCGUGAAGAGCUUUUACUUCUACCAUUUUGAGGGCGAAAAGAACAUUAGAUCUCUCGACAUUAUUCCUCUCCGCCUCGCCAAGAGCUCGGAGGACCUGGCGAAGACGCUGAUCGAACGCGGCGGAUUCUUCAUCGAGGCUUGCACUGCCGGUAGACAGGGGAUUCCCAUGCACUACUCGGGACUCACGAUGGACACCAAGGAACAAGCCGACAGCCAGGUCGUAAUUGACUUUGAGGAGGCGAUCAAGUCUGUGACUAGCUGGAAACCGGACAUCAAAGAGAUCGACGUCGAGGACAACGAUGACAACGAUGACACGUCGAAUCCAAGUUAUUUCACGGACUCGGAUUCUGACGUUGGACUUCGGCGCCAUCUGGACAGAGGUCGGGUUUACACGAGCAGGCGCAAGGGUCUAAACGGGUGCAUUGACGAGUGUUGCGCCCAAGAGAGGAUCUUUGCCGACGAGUACGUCGAGAACCGUCGCAGCAACGAGUUUAUUCAGCUGCAGUUUCGACAUCAGGUGGCCGGGUCCUUGGCGGUUGCUCCACGGCCGCUAAAGGAGGUUUCUGAAGCCAGGCGCGGCGACGGGGCGCGAGAGAGCGACCAGCUGAUCGUGACAUACCGCGUAUUUGGCUUCGUUAUGCGGAGCAGGAAAUGGACACAACUGGACUUGACGCAUCUCGAGCGUGCCAGGGGAGAGAACACGUUUGAUCGUUUGGUGCUGCCGCCCGGCCACAGGACAAUGGUGGAGAGCCUUGUCACCCAACAUUACCUUGACAAAGAGUGGGCGGUGGACGAGAGCGACGAGAUGGAUAUUGUUCGUGGCAAAGAAUGCGUCGCCGAAUACUUUCAAAAGCCUCUCUUCCAACUAACCUGCGGUGCGUAUCUCUCCUCUGUCCUAUGGUUACCAGACAUGAUGUUGAUCAUGGCGCCAGGCGACCUCGGUUCCGCGGCCGACGUUGUCGAACACCGGCUCAAAACAAACUUUGCUCUCGCCAGUCGCUGGGGCUGCAUCCUCCUCAUCGACGAGGCCGACGUCUUCCUCGAAGCCCGCCAGACCGAAAACUUUGAUCGGAAUGCCUUGGUCGCCGUCUUCCUGCGCACAUUGGAGUACUAUACGGGUAUCCUGUUCCUCACUACCAACCGCGUCGGCACCUUUGACGAGGCCUUUACCUCGCGCAUCCACGUCUCGCUCUACUAUCCGCCUCUUGACGCGCGUUCUACGCUUGCCGUCUUCAAGGUCAACCUUGACCGCAUUGAGGAACGCUUCAAGAAAAAGAAGCAACGCAGCGUCGCAGAACUAGACCUCGACCAUAGAUCCAUCAAACAGUUCGCUCUCCGUUACUUCCGCAGUCACGAUGACGCGCGGUGGAACGGCCGACAGAUUCGGAACGCGUGCCAGACCGCGUUGGCGCUGGCCCAGUUUGAAGCCCAAAAGAAGACCAACCCUGGAGUCACGGGUGCGGGGAACGUCAAAGACAUGAUAGCGGCGGCGUCAAGCAAGAUGAUCAAGGUAAAGAUGACGGCGAAGCAUUUUCACCCCGUGUCCAAGGCAUAUCUAGCCUUCAUAGAGUAUUUGAAGGAUGUGCAUGGGAUGGGUGCCGCGCAACAGGCCAAGAACUUUCGGUUGAGGCAUGAUCUAUGGGAGCCGCAAGGAUUAGGAGGACAGCGAUCGGGCUUGGGCUCGGGCUCGGGUUUACUGGCUUCAAGGCAGAGAGGGCCGCAGCGGAGUGUUCCGGCGCAGAGGCAAUACCCGGAACCUGUGAGGAGGGGGAUGCAAGAGUCGAGCUUUGGAUUGGAGGAUGAGUACCGGCAUAGCGACGAGGGCUUUGGAAAGUAUGGGUACAGCGAGGAGCACGGCUUCGGCGACGGGUACGGCUACGGCGAGGAGUAUGGCUACUGGGGGGAUGAUGCCUACGAGGAUGGCCUGUGUGAGUAUGAGAUGCUAUAUGAAGGUCAGGAUCAUACGGAUGAGUUGGGUCACGAGAGUGAGGAUGAUGGAGGUGCCGAACAUGAUGGUGACGCGCCUCCUCUCAGUCAGGAGGAAGUUGACCAAGCGACCAAAAACGAGCAGGAAGAGUACUGGAAUGAAGAGUUCAAAGAGAACCAGCCCAGCCUCUACGAGAGAACACCAAAGAAUAGGCUUGAACAUGACCGCGGUGGAGGUCGCGGCCCCCUGCCAGGAUCUAGCAGGGGGGAGCAGCAGGUGAACUUUAGAUCAUCGGCAACGGGCGCUGGGCGCGGGCGAGGCGGUGGCCGUGGUCGUGGGCAAGGCGGUGGUCGCGGUCAAGGUAACAGUCGCGGGGAUAGGCUUGCUACUGCGUCGGGGGGGGUUCCUGGUCCGUCGGUGACGGCGGGACGGGGAGAUGCCUCGCGCCUAGGACCGCGACCCUUGAGGGGAGCAGCAAUCAGACGCGGGGCUGGGAGAGGUCAGGGGAUUCAAGGUCGGGAUAAGAACUGA